CAAAGCAAGAAACAACAAACCUUGCACAGUUGCACCCCCCUCCCUCCGUCGUCACCACCACCACAUCCAGCAGCAGAGCCAGCCAACGAAAAUGUCGCGCGUCACAGCUGCGGCGGCCCUCUUCUACAUCCUCGCCGUCGUCGCUGCCCUCAGCGCGGCCGCCGAGGCCCCGGCAGCGUCACCGAAGGCUGCCACUGCCAGAGCUCCUGCCAAGGCACCCGAGGCUGCUGCUGCCAAGAAAACUCCUGCCCCCGCUAAGGCCCCUGCUGCUGCUGCCGUCGCCUCCACCCCCACCCCCGCCGCCGCCGCGCAUGCCCCAUCGCCGUCGUCGUCGUCGUCUAGGAAGUCUGGUCCAGCUGCAGCGCCGACCACCGCCUCUACUACACCGCCUUCUUCUUCGUCCACCGACGAGGAGUUGGUCCCUUCCCCGGCAGCCGCGGCGGCGACGCCUGCCGCUGAUGGGCCUGCUGAGGGACCGGCGGCUGCUGAUGACUCCGGUGCUGCUACCCUUGGAAGCGGAGCUGCCAUCGCCGCCGGCGUUGCCGCUGCGGUCGCUACCAUGAUCUUCUACUGAAUUCACCAGGGAUCGGCCGUGCCGUGGAACGAGGGUGGACACGUAAUUGGCUGUGCCGUAUUUGCUCUUGCAUGGUCGGGAGGGACGACCAAUGCAAGUGUGUUUCUGCUUUGCUCACUUCGUUUGCUCUUGCAACAUUAUGGGGUCAACCGUUAUAUAUAUAUAUAUAACUGAAUGGAUUUGAUUAAUUGAUACAA